GAUAAAAUAAGUGCCGUACAGUCAAUAUUUUGGCGCCCCCUUAAUAGCGAGAGAUAUGUGAGAGUGUCGACUAGAGAGGUGUAUAAAUUCUUAGAAACUAAACUGUUCGUAUCUUUCGACGGUGUUGAACACGUGACAAGACAAAUCUUUGAUAUCUCAGUGUAAAAGUUGAAUUAUUAUUAAAAACGGAUAGCGAAGAAAAAAAGUAGAUACAAUAAAGGUUAAGAGACAGUGAAGAGGGAGCCGUGAAACGCGUGACAACGUCACUGCGCCACGAUUACUGCCACGAUGGCCGAGGAGGCAGAGACAAACGAUAAAGCAACGAUGGAAAAUAUAACGCAGAAUAUUCUCGAGGUCAGUAGUGGAGGCGGGUCCACGACGAACGAUGUAAGUACGCUUGAAUUUCAAGCUUCGCAAGUGAUUUCUCGUCUCGAGGAAGCUGUUGAAAGAGCUGCCGAUGGUGGUGGUACAACAUGGAACAAUACUUCGGGUUUUCUUUCGCGUGCAAAAAGUCCUGAAGAAAUAUUAAGUUUGAUACAGGAUUUAGUUAUUCACGAAGAUGCACCGCAAACUACAGAAGAUGAUACGGGAGAACAAGCGAAUAGUCAAGUUACUAAUUUACCUACUUUGACGGAAACAGCGAAACUAGCUUUAAUAGCACAUACUAUCUCUGCUUAUGCAGUUGCACUUCCAAGGUCUCAUGCUCAAAGAUUAGCUGGCCGCUUAGCUGCAGACACAACGAGAUGGCUUAGUCAUAUUUUUCGGUUUAUGGAUUGUGCUUCUUCGUUCCAUGAAGAUCAUUUGGAAGGAUUGGUUAGAGUAACUAGACUAGCUCUACAUCGUAAAUAUCCUAGAUAUAUGGAAGAAGGAUUUACAGCUCUUGCUUCAUCGUCACCUCUUAUUUAUAGCUCAGUAGCUGCCCCUUUAGCUGUCGUUCAGCAUUUGUGUAGACAGCUUUCUUUACCACUUCAUUGUGUAAGACCUAUUCCUCAUAAUACUAUGUUCGGAUCACGUUAUAGUAUGGAUGUUGCUGCUUUAGAAAGACGUUUAGCAGAAGAUACGCAAUCUAAUAAUGUAACACCACUAUUAGUUUUGGCGGAAGCAGGGUCUGUAUUAACAGGACAUUGUGAUAAUAUCACACGAUUGCGUGCAAUUUGUGAUAAGUAUAAUGUUUGGCUUCAUUUAAGAGGUCAUUCCUUAGCAGCACUAGCAUUGAAUAACUCUACAAGAGAUCUGCCUUUAAAGAUCGCAGAUAGUAUUACUUUACCAUUAGGUAUAUGGUUAGGUGUACCAUCGUUACCAGUUGUUACAUUGUAUAGAUUAACAGAUACAAAAGGUGGAAGGCCCACUACACGAGACACAACAUUAUCCCUUAUGUCUGGCUUAAUGGCAGAUUCGUUGUCAAGAAAAUUACCAACGUUACCUUUGUGGUGUACAUUGCAAGCUCUAGGUAGAGAUGGUGUACAGAAUAGGUUUAAACAAUGUUUUUCAGCAAUUGAAGAAUUGUAUAAUAAAAUUAAAAAACUCAGUUGUAUUAAUUUAUUGAGUCAAGUACCUGGUGGUGAAUCAGGAUCAUAUACAGUAAACGAUCUUUUGGCGAACCCUGUUAACAAUUCACAAAUAUUUGAAAUUGUUUCGAGUGCAUUAGUUUUUCAGUUUGUGCCUGCGGAUCGUGAUCCUCAAACCCUGGAACGUGUACCGCCUUAUUACGAUAAAUUAAAUUCUUGGUUGGGACAAAUCUUGCAGAGGGAUAUAGAAAAUGUGCAAAUAGAACUUUGUGAAAUCGAACAUCAUGGUGUCGCUAUUCGCAUUUGUCCUUUGGAAAGUCCUGAACAACCACCGACUUCUGAAGAUAUAGAUAAUGUAGUAGCAUGCCUGGAGCAACAGAUAGAAAUCUUAUUGGCCACAGUAGAACACAAAGAUACUUUCGUUCGUUUAGUUUCUGAGAACGAUUCAUUACACUUGGUAGAAAUGCCAGGUUGGGCAGGCUUAGGUGGUGUUAGAUAUGCUCCACCAACUUGGAUUCAUGUUAUGACGGAUCAGGCUAAAGAGGAAUUGAAUAAAUUAAAUACUCAAUUGGUAGAAGCUUUACGGAGUACGGAUGCUGCUUUUUCUCUUGGCGAAGGAGCAGAUGGAUUAGCUUGUGUGCGAUUUGGCAUGGUUACGCAAGAUACAGAUGUAGCAGAAUUGUUGUCUUUGGUUCUUCAAGUAGGGCAAGAGGUAGAGGCGAGCUCAAAAUUAUUAGAUACUAUAUCAGAAGUGGUUAAAAGAGGUAUCGAAGCAGCACAAACAGAUUUAGAAAGAGAAAAUGCAGAGAAACUUUGGCAAGAGGGUAUCUUAAGGCAUGUACCUGUAGUAGGAACAUUAGUCAAUUGGUGGAGUCCUCCUUCUAAAGAAACUGGAGUGCGUGGACGCAGUUUAAAUUUACAAGCUGGAGUUGUCGAGAGUACGGAAAAUAUUUAUAAGUAUCAUAUGCAAUUACAACCAAACGCAACCAAUAGCAAUGGUUCUGGUGCAAGAACACCGCCUCAACCACUUGUACAAACACCUGUUGGAGCUGGAAGCCAAAGUCAUAGUCGAUCAUCCAGUCAUUCCAGUCUUCAAAGUGGUAAAAGUAUUUCGGUAAUAACAAAUACUACUUGUCAUCCUCAAGUUAAAGAAGAAUCUAGUGAAGUUAAAUCGUAGUAAAUAUUACACACGUUAUAAAUAUAACAAUGAUUUCUCUCUUCAAAUAAUAAAAAAAAGUGGACUUGACAGGUAAGCAAUGAAUUUAUAAAAAUUAUGUAAGAUAUUUUCAAAAAAAGAAUACAUUACUAUUUAUAGAGUGAAGUAUUAAUUCCAAAAUUUGUAUAUUAAAAAGCUUGUUAACAACAUCGUAAAGUAAAAGAUUGCUGAUUGCUUCUUAAGCGAUUAUAUAAGAGCUAUAAAUCAUUUUAAAUUUCUAAAAUGUAGAUUUUCUUUUUUACGGAAAUUUUUAUUAUAGACAUUUUCUUUGUCAGUCUAAUUCAAUUUUAAAUUAUCCUUGGCCCCGUGUACUUAUUAAGUGUAUCAAAUUACUUCUUUAACGAAUUUAUAUAAUUAAUCGCCUGGUGAUACAUCUUUUUCAUAGCACAGUAGCUUUCUUUCUAUAUCAUUGAAAACAAUAUUACAUUAUUUUCUCAAUAUAAGAUUAAUUUGAAUAAACUUGAUGAAUAACAACAAAGAGAUAUAUUUAUGACAAAUAAAGUGUUAUAAUAGAUUUUUAAUUAUCAUUCUUUUGGCCAGGCAAUGCAUUUUUAUAAUAAAAUUUGUUGUUUUCUUUUUCUUUUUGUAUUAAAUUGUAAUAUUUCCUAAUAUCGAUCAAUUUGUUUUUAUUCAUCACGUUAAUGUUAAUAAGAAAAUAUAAUGCUUUUCUAGCACAACUAUGAACGAUAAAUGAUAUUUAAUAACUCGCGAUAAGUUAACGUGACAUUGUGAUUUCUUUGAGUAUUAAUAAGUGCCGUAUAUUUGAUAAUCUUCUUCUCUAUGUAAAAAAUAUUUCCUUUAUUCCAUUUUUUUCUUUAUUUUUUUUUUUUUUUUUGUUAAGUAAAGAAAUAAAAAAAGGAAAAGCGUAAUUAAGUUUCUUAACGGUAAUUGAAAUAUUCAAGAAAUAAAAAAAUAAAUCACCAAAGACAUUAGAAGUACAGUGAAGCAAGCUAAAAUUUUUCAAAUGUUGCUAAAUUAAAUAACAUUUAAUCACGCAUAAUGGAAUUUGUAUAAAGUUCCAGUGCAAUUAUUGAGGUAAAAUGUUUUCAUUAUGAAAUAAUCAUGCAUUGUUGACGGAUAAAUAAAAUAAAUUAAGCUGUAUGUAUAUUUAUGUACCAAACAGUUGUAAUAAAGUAUUGCUAUUAAAUAAAUAUUAAAAUACGUAAUUGA